AUGAAAACUAGGAAUUCUGAUAGACAAAAACAGAGAGAAGACUUGUCUGUCACUUGUUAAGAGGUAUUCACCACAAAAUUCUCAUAAAUAUCUCUUCCUAUAUAUAUAUUAUUUAUACACUAUAAAAUAGAAUGUAUCUAUGAGCGAGUACCCAUUUCCUAGUGCAGCAUAAACACCAAUUAGAAGAAGAGGACCAAUCCAUAAGAAACCUAAACAGGUAUUGAUCAUAGUAAUAUGAAGACAAUGAUUAAUUUGAAAAAACACAAAUCUUAAAGGUAAUUUAUCUGCUAUGAUGACAAAGAUUUAAAUAUUCCUUAAGAAUACUAAUCUAUCCUAUAAAAACAUGUAAAUAUAAGUUUAUAAUAAAUGAAGAAAUCUGAUGAUGAUAGAGAAUCUGAUGAAGAACAAAUUAAAUAUGCCAUUAACUACUUAUAUAAUGACUUAUUAUAAUGUUUGGAAAAAGAAAAAAAAUGA